AUGGAGCGCCAGGGACUGCUCCGCUGUAAGAUCGUGGUGGUCGGGGAUACGGAGUGUGGGAAGACCGCUCUCCUCCACGUCUUUGCCAAGGACUCGUACCCAGAGACUUACGUUCCGACGGUGUUUGAAAACUACACGGCCAGUUUUGAGAUCGAGAAGCAGAGGAUCGAGCUGAACAUGUGGGACACGUCCGCUCAGUAA